UUAGUUUGGUUGUUAUGUUUAUUGUGUGUAUGAUGUGCCCACAUGUGCCACAGUGAAUGUGUGUGGUGAGAGAACCUCUGAGGUAAGAGUCUAAACGGGCCCUCUAAAAUCACUCCCAACAGUUCUUCUCUUUAGGCCAAUGCAAGCAUGUGUAUCAAAGACUGUUUCAGUUGACUCUGGGCUUCCCCACUUUAGAAACUGACCUGUCAUAGUAGAUUCUAUCUUGCCCUAUAUUUCCGGCUUACUCUACUCUUGGCCCUCCAAGACUCUCCAGGGCAGAGUUUUCAUAGGAGGGUACACUCUGUUCACGUGGCCACUCAGACACUCUAACCAAGGAAGAACAAGGACAUCCCUGAGGGAAGGCUCCUGCAGGAAGUACUGACAGCCCUGGAGGGGACUGGAUCUGGAGAAACCAGAAAAACUGUCACAAAAAGCACCAUGGAGUGACAAUUCUGCGGUUAUAGGCCAGUAUGGCUCUCACAUGACCUCAUCCACAGAAAGACGAAUGAAUUAAUCUGAGGUUAAUCUUGUGGGGGUUCUGUGGCCUGCAGACAACGUGGAACAGCAGCACUGUUGAUGAAGGUGGUGGAUGUCUCGUGUGUCAUGUCUUCUCAGACUCUCCAGCACUUUACACAGGCUUCCCUUUCAUCUCUGUGGGAGUUGUGGCUUAAUAACAGUAAUCAGAGUACCCUGAGCAUCUGUGAUUUGCAAAACACAGCAUUCAGCCUGCUUUGGCCUCCUAAACUCUUAGACUGUAGAACUGUCAGACAUGGGGAGGUGGAGUCCUCUGAUGGAGGGCUAGCCCACAAUGGAAUGCAGAUCAGUGAUGUCCAAGUUACCCAGUGAAUGCCUCACAUUCUUCUGGCUGUUGGUAGGUAGAACCCAAUGGUCUGUAAAUGCUUGAAGAUCAUUGACCUCAUGUGAAUCCCACAGACCGAAGAUCCCAGUCUCUAGCCAAGACUUAGUGUCUUCUUUCAUUGAGAGUGCUUGUUUCUCUUUGGUCAUGAAGGGGUACGUUAACCCUUUCAUUUUCUUUCUUGUGGCAACCACAGGUGGAGCCUGUUAAAUGCCGAUGGUACUCACUACUGGACUUUUCUCAUGUGAUCAAGAGGCUUUUGGUCAGAACAAAGUCUGAAGAAGUCAUAGGCUCAUUUUCCUGAAGAUAAGGUGACCUUGGAGAAGGUGCUGGGAAUCACAGUAUCUGGAGGCAGAGGACUUGCCUGUGAUCCCCGGUCAGGUUUAGUUGCCUACCCCGCUGGGUGCGUGGUUGUACUGUUCAAUCCCCGGAAACACAAACAACAGCACAUCCUCAAUAGUUCCAGGAAAACCAUUACUGCCCUUGCCUUCUCCCCUGAUGGCAAGUACCUGGUCACUGGAGAGAGUGGGCACAUGCCUGCCGUGCGGGUUUGGGAUGUGGCUGAACGUAGCCAGGUAGCAGAGCUACAGGAGCAUAAGUAUGGCGUGGCUUGUGUGGCCUUCUCCCCUAGUGCCAAGUACAUCGUGUCUGUGGGUUACCAGCAUGAUAUGAUUGUCAACGUGUGGGCCUGGAAGAAAAACAUAGUUGUGGCCUCCAACAAAGUAUCUAGUCGGGUGACAGCAGUGUCCUUUUCUGAAGACUGCAGCUACUUUGUCACUGCAGGCAACAGGCACAUCAAAUUCUGGUACCUUGACGACAGUAAGACCUCAAAGGUGAAUGCCACUGUGCCCCUGCUGGGCCGCUCGGGGCUGCUGGGGGAACUGCGGAACAACCUGUUCACGGAUGUGGCCUGUGGCCGCGGGAAGAAGGCCGAUAGCACUUUCUGUAUCACGUCGUCAGGGCUGCUGUGCGAGUUCAGCGACCGCAGGCUUCUGGACAAAUGGGUGGAGCUAAGGACCACUGUGGCCCACUGCAUCUCUGUGAGCCAAGAAUACAUCUUCUGUGGCUGUGCCGAUGGCACAGUGCGCCUUUUCAACCCCUCCAACCUGCACUUCCUCGUUACCCUACCCAGACCCCAUGCCCUGGGAACAGACAUUGCCAGCAUCACUGAGGCCAGUCGCCUUUUCUCUGGAGGGGCCAAUGCUAGGUACCCAGACACCAUUGCCUUGACUUUUGAUCCAACUAAUCAGUGGCUAUCGUGUGUGUACAACGACCACAGCAUCUAUGUUUGGGACGUGAGAGACCCCAAGAAAGUGGGCAAGGUGUACUCAGCUCUGUAUCAUUCCUCCUGUGUCUGGAGUGUGGAGGUCUACCCUGAGGUAAAGGACAGCAAUCAGGCCUGUCUGCCCCCCAGUUCCUUUAUUACCUGCUCCUCAGACAACACCAUCCGCCUGUGGAACACAGAGAGCUCUGGGGUACAUGGCUCUACCCUGCACCGAAACAUCCUCAGCAAUGAUCUCAUUAAGAUCAUCUAUGUGGACGGGAACACUCAGCCUCUGCUGGACACUGAGCUGCCUGGAGGAGACAAAGCUGAUGGGUCCCUGAUGGACCCCCGAGUAGGCAUCCGUUCUGUGUGUAUCAGCCCCAACGGACAACACCUGGCUUCAGGAGACCGCAUGGGGACACUUAGGGUACAUGAACUGCAGUCCCUGAGUGAGAUGCUCAAGGUGGAAGCCCAUGAUUCUGAGAUCCUGUGCUUGGAGUACUCUAAGCCAGACACAGGUUUGAAGCUGCUGGCGUCAGCAAGCCGGGACCGUCUGAUCCAUGUGCUGGAUGCUGGGCGAGAGUACAGUCUGCAGCAGACUCUGGACGAGCAUUCAUCCUCCAUUACUGCUGUCAAGUUUGCAGCUAGUGAUGGGCAAGUGCGCAUGAUCAGCUGUGGCGCAGACAAGAGCAUUUACUUCCGAACUGCACAGAAGUCUGGAGAAGGAGUACAGUUUACGCGAACACACCACGUGGUACGGAAGACAACCCUCUAUGACAUGGAUGUGGAGCCCAGCUGGAAAUACACGGCCAUCGGCUGCCAAGACCGAAAUAUUCGCAUCUUUAACAUCAGCAGCGGGAAGCAGAAAAAGCUGUUUAAAGGCUCUCAGGGCGAGGACGGCACUCUCAUUAAGGUGCAGACAGACCCCUCAGGGAUCUACAUUGCCACCAGCUGUUCUGAUAAGAACCUCUCCAUUUUUGACUUCUCCUCAGGCGAGUGUGUGGCCACUAUGUUUGGUCACUCAGAGAUUGUCACUGGCAUGAAAUUUAGCAAUGACUGCAAACAUCUCAUCUCUGUGUCAGGGGACAGCUGCAUAUUUGUCUGGCGCCUGAGCUCUGAGAUGACCAUUAGCAUGAGGCAGCGCCUGGCUGAGUUGCGCCAGCGUCAGCGAGGGGCCAAGCAGCAAGGACCAACCUCUCCUCAAAGGGCUUCUGGACCCAAGCAGCACCAGGCUCCAGUGGCUCCCCCUCCUGGACCAGCUCUUUCCUCAGACAGUGACAAGGAGGGGGAAGAUGAGGGGACUGAAGAAGAAGAACUGCCAGCUCUACCCAUUCUUGGAAAGAGUACCAAGAAAGAGCCAGCCUCGGUCUCGAGUCCAGCCUUGCUCCGAAGUUUGUCCCACUGGGAAAUGAGUCGGGAGCAAGAGACCAUGGAGUUCCUGGGCUCAACCCCUGUAGCCAACACAGGACCCAAAAGAAGAGGGCGCUGGGCUCAGCCAGGUGUGGAGCUGAGUGUUCGUUCCAUGCUGGACUUGAGACAGCUGGAGACCUUGGCCCCAAGCCCUCGAGGCCCAAGCCAGGACUCACUGGCUGUGUCCCCAUCUGGUCCUGGGAAGCAUGGUCUGCAGGCCCCUGCGCUCUCAUGUGCUGUCCAGAAGGAAAAGGCCCCCCGGCUUCAGGCUUCCCAGCCCUGCUCCUGCCCCCACAUUAUUCAGUUGUUGUCACAAGAAGAAGGCAUCUUUGCCCAGGAUCUGGAGCCUUCACCCACUGAGGAGGGUAUUGUCUACCCGGAGCCCAGUGACAGCCCCACCAUGGAUACCAGUGCGUUCCAGGUGCAGGCUCCAAGCAGAGGCUCCCUAGGAAGAGUCUACUCAGGCAUCAGGGGCUCGGAAAAGCACAGUCCCGACAGCGCCUGCUCUGUGGAUUACAGCAGCAGCCGGCUCUCCAGUCCUGAGCACCCCAAUGAAGACUCUGAGAGCACAGAGCCCCUAAGUGUGGAUGGCAUCUCCUCAGACCUUGAAGAGCCAGCGGAGGGUGAUGAAGAAGAAGAGGAGGGAGGCACUGGCCUCUGUGGGCUACAAGAAGGCAGCCCUCAUACGCCGGACCAGGAGCAGUUUCUAAAACAACACUUUGAGACUUUGGCCAAUGGGUCUGCUCCAGGGGGUCCAGCACGGGUCCUAGAAAGGACAGAGUCUCGGAGCAUCUCAUCACGGUUUCUGCUGCAAGUGCAGACCUCCCCCCUCAGGGAACCAUCUUUAUCCUCCUCAAGCUUGGUCCUGAUACCAAGAUCUGACCAGGUGUCACAGGUAUCUGGUGACCAGCUGAAAGGCAGUGGUGCCACUCCCCCAGGAGCACCCCCAGAAAUGGAACCCUCUUCUGGCAACUCCGGCCCCCAGCAGGUGGCUCCUGUGCUGUUACCACGACGGCGUAACAACCUGGAUAACACCUGGGCCCCCAAGAAAAUGGCUCCUGGCCGCUCCUUAGCUGGACUCCAGAAAGCCCAGUCUGUGCACAGUCUCAUACCACAGGAUGAGGUGCCUUCAUCACGUCCACUGCUCUUCCGAGAGGUGGAGGUCCAGGGCAGCUUAGGAUCCCUGCCACAAGCUGAUAGCUACCCAUCUCAGCCCCACUGCUGCCAGAACCCCACGACCAGUUCUGCAGCCAAGCUAGCUCGUAGCAUUUCUGUUGGGGAGAACCCGGGCCUGGCGGCUGAACCUCAAGCUCCUGCACCAAUGCGAACCUCACCACUCAACAAGCUAGCUCUGCCUAGCCGGGCUCAUCUUGUCCUGGACAUCCCCAAACCACUGCCUGACCGUCCUACCUUGACCACAUUCUCACCUGUAACCAAGGGCCGAGUCCAUAAUGAAGCAGAACAAUCCGGAUCCUUGACGAGCCUAGGAAAGGCUCACACUACAUUGGAAAGGCGGGCCUGUCUAGGGGAGGGUACUACUCCUAAACCUAGGACAGAGUACCAGACUCAUCCUGGCCCCAACCACCCCUGUGCCCAGCAACUGCCGGUCAGCAACCUCCUCCAAGACCCUGAGAGCUUGCAGCCCCCAUCCCCUGAGAAGACUCCUAACCCCAUGGAAUGCACCAGGCCAGGGGCAGCCCUGAGCCAGGACUCAGAACUGGCCUUGAGCCUGCAGCAAUGUGAACAGCUUGUGGCCGAGCUCCAGGGGAAUGUGCGCCAGGCAGUGCAGCUCUACCGCUUGGUGACCAGCUGUAAGACUCCUUCAGAAGAGCACAGCCGCAUCUCCCGUCUCCUGAGGGACACCUUCUCUUCAGUGAGGCAGGAGCUAGAGGCCCUGACUGGGGCUGCGCUAUCCAGCCCGGGUGGCAGCCCUGGGGCUGUGGGGGCUGAGCAAACUCAGGCCCUGUUGGAGCAGUACUCAGAACUGUUGCUUCGAGCUGUGGAGCGGCGUAUGGAGCGCAGACUCUGAGUUCCAGAAGCCCAUCCCGAGAGAAAUGCUCCCACUCCAAACUGUAGCCCUUCUUCCACUCCUCAGAACCUGUGAGAAUGUCUGGAGUGGAUGGCAGGGAUCCGCGCUCAGAGGCAAAACAGCUUUCCCAGCUGCUCCUCAUGGGGCCCCUGUAUUUAUUAAUUUAUUUCCCUGACUGUUGCCUCACUUCCUUGAGACUCCUGCCUCUAAAGCCCCUCCAGUGGCUCUCAUGAGCAGGGCAGUCUUGAGUCUAUGUCAUCUUGGUGCUGUGAGGGUAGGAGGGCAGCCUGCCUCAUCUGGGGACAUCGGAAAGGGCUGGCCUUCUCUUCUUAGAAGCCAUUUGAAGUUACUUCAGGGAUCAGCUCCCUGGGGUGGAGCAUACACAGGGUACUCGGGGUAGAGAUGAAAGGCAAUGUGCUCUUUAGUGCCCUAAGCCAACUGUAGACCCUUGCCUCUACCCCUGCACCAGCUGCACUCUCCUGGCUGCCAAAGCAGGCAUGGUUUUCCCCAGUUCCUGGCAGUCCAGAAAGGUAGAGCUGCCUGGCCCUCCAGGGGAUUCCCAGCCCUUAGAAGACUUGAGUUGUAUCAGGACCUGAGCCCCCACAUUCCACUCCCGUUCUCCCUGCAAGAGAGCCCAGCAUUUUCUACCCCCAUCCCUUUUUUUCUUUGUGGAGCCAGUUGUGGGAUCUUGCUGCAGGACAGUAAAGCCCUCUGCUGGGCAAACACAAAGCCUGGUCUACUUUCUUCGACCCUUUAGGCUUUCUUAAUUCUCUAACCCUGGUCUCUAGAGAGGACUACUGAAGCCCCAGGGACCACUUUCUCCCUCUAUCCUGGGCAAUGCGCAAUCAGGAACCUGUAUUGGGAGUUCCCUCAUGGUUUACAGGGCACUGGCCCAUCUUCCUAGGACUUUGGCCACACACACACACACACACUGUAUACACAGUUGAGUGUUCAUUGUUAGAAUACUUGCCUGGCUGGUACAUGUACCUGGUUCUUCACAUUUGGCCUCAACUUUACUAGCCUGGCUUCGCUAGAACUCCUAUCCAGAAACAUGAAAAGGAGCACACUAAAAUUCUGGGAUCUUGGUUGUCCGCAGCCAGGCUGACAUGAGAUGGCUAUGGGACACCUGGCUCAUGGAGGAGGCUCUUUUUCAAAGGCAGUGCUGGGUGCCCAGAGAUACUGAAUGCUGAAGAUUGUGGAGCGGUGGGUCUGGGCAAGAGACAAGCUGGAAGAGUGAUAGGUGGACAGGCAGGUGGCAGAGGUAGGGGACAGAAUUAAGGUCACUGUUAGAAGGUAAAGAGAAGGCAUAGGCAGGUUGUAGGUAGGGACAGGUAGUGAUGUAGUUACAGAAUUGGUGAGUAUGUGUCUCUGGGCCCUCCUUCCCUCUGCAUCAGGUAUGGCAGACAAAAACCUGCCGAAGCGCCUUUCAAGCUCUGGAGGCAGAGGCUAAAAAACGGUUUUAAUGGGUGCUUAGCUUUGGAGGUUCAGUUGGAGUGUCCUAAGCAUACCCAAACCAUGUAUUCCCUUUUUUUUUUUUUUUUUUUUUUUUUUACUACCCGCCUGGCCAAACUUCUAGCCCGAAGAACAGUAUCGGCUAAGGGCCGACCCGUUGUCAUCCAGAGGAUUAGAAAUCCGCCCACUGCAAUAAGGCUGCCCUGACUUGCCAGGUUCUUAGAGGGUCUUAGCCAACGUACCCUUCUCGAGGGAGCCGGUGUUUCCCUGCGCCUCUACCCUGCACGGAUGGGGUCUUGUGGCCAGCGGCGCUUAGUUUCCUUUGCAUGUCUGAAGCCUCUGGCAACAGCUGCCCACGUCCAGAUUUGUCCCAUCCCAGUUUUGAAAAGCCCCUUAUUUAUAACUUUUAUACUGUGGCGCCUGUCUCCUCCUCGGCUGUACGGGGCGGGGCUGUUUUAAUGUCUCGUUUGUACCGAAAUAUGAAAUUGUCAAUAAACACAAUCGUUUGUUAA